GUUUCUUACAGCUCAGUCUGUUUUCCAAAUGAACCAUCCGCGAUGUUAGUGAGGAUAUUUCAUUAGGAGCUUUCCUUUCCUCUGUUUGGACAUGUAGACAUCAGAGUUUGAAAGAAAUUCAAUCGGACAUCGCAGUGACAUGCUUCAUGGCGGAUCAUCGCAGCGGCAUUUUACUCGGCUGGAGAAAAAGAUGGCACUUACUGAACUGCUGCAUGGAGGAAUGAAGGCUUGUGUUAUGAUUUUAAUAUCAUUUAGAAAUGGCAGACAGCUUACUGACUAACAAGCUCUGCAGUGCCUCUGCCAGGGGAGACCUAGAUGGUGUAAAACUUUUGCUACAAGGUGGAGCAAAUGUGAAUGGAUUUAAUGAAUUCAACAGAACUGCACUCCAGGUGGUGAUGUUGGGGAGCACCGCCGUGGCUAAAGCUCUUCUUGAGGUGGGGGCAAACCCCAAUAUACGCGACCCGGCCUGCAGUCUCACCGUGAUGCACGACGCCGCGCGCGAAGGAUUCGUGGACACUGUGCGCGUGCUGAUGGACCACGGGGCAAACAUAAACCUCGUGGAUAAGAAUGGUAACCUGCCAUUGCACCUGGCCGCCAGGGAGGGCCAUCUGCAGGUGGUCCGACUGCUAAUUGGAUACACGGCGAACCCCCAAGCGGUCAACGGCCAGGGAUAUACUGCCGCGCAGCUCGCGCACCGCCACAGCAGGAUGGACACUGCCACAUACAUUCACCAGUAUUUGAGCUCAAACUAGAGGAGGAGAAAGAGGAUGAAGAAGAGGACUUUCAUUGUGAUGGACUCUUGAUUGUCUGAAACCGUCUUAUGCUAUUCUGACCUUUUAACUUGCUGAUAAUUUGACAUUUUAACAUUUUAUUUUAUUUUAUAUUUCCUAGAAUGCCCCGCUUGUUAUAAUGCUGAAUUGGCCUAAUAAUGAAACAGUGUGUGCACUGUUUGGAUAUUUACACACUUACCAACAUUUACAUGCUUUGGAAAGGAAAGGGGAGACCAAGCACAUAUUUAUUGGUAAAACCUGGUAAUUUGGGAUAGAAAAAAUAAAUUAUACAAUACACUAAUUGAUUAAUAUAUGGUUAAUAUACACUCUCUGGCCCCUUAAUUUGGUAGAGUUAUACAUUCUAGUGCAAUCCAGUAAAAGCUAUAUAUAUUCAAUCUUUACAAAGCAAUAGCAAGUUUUUGUUAAAACUUUCUGUGUUAAUUCACCUGUUUAUAGUUGAAAUUGUAGUGAUGCACUGGACUGCAUUAUAUUCAAAUGUGUUUCUUGUUUUUAAAUGUGGUGGGCAAACCAUUAGAAGCAACUCUCAAUCUAAAGCAGUCCAGUUCAACACCACUGCAUACUAGAACCUAGUAGAAGAAGAAUAUGCUAAACAUAGUGGAAUUACCACUGUCAAUUAUAACUGAACAUUAUUAUCUUUGUAAAAGUAGACUGUAUGGCUGAGCUGUUGUAUCGCAUUGCCUGUUUUUUGUUUUUUUUUUCAAAAAUCUAUAUUUUUUUUAGGUGCAGAGAAAUUUAGAAAGUCUCACUACUGCUGCUAUGUUUCAUUAACACUCAAAGCCAGUAACACGUGGGAGUGCUGCACACUUCAAUUACUAAAUCCACCUGUACAAUGUGACAUAAAAUACAACAGUAUUAAGUGUGAAGUUUAUAAUCGACACUACAUGAAAGAAAUAUUAAUUCAACUCAUACUGCAGGAUGCUGCAUUUGAGAGGUGUCCCUAAUAGUAUGAGAGAUCGUAUGAGACAAAAUGUUAAAUAAAUAAAUUCCCCUCUCUCUGCUCUCUUUCUCUUCUCACUUCUUUCUCUGCUGCUUGAUUAAUAUGACUGUGAAAACCGAAAAUAUUGCUGUCUUAUGUAGAAAAUCAUACAAUAAAAGACAGCAAUUAA